UGAGUUUGAUUGUUUCCAGGUACUUUAGUUGCUUAGUUCCUUGUGAACUUUUGCUUUGCUUUGCUUAAGCAACUUGCAUUUGAGGGACACUUUUGAUCGAGAUUCUGGUUGAGAGACUUGCUGCUCCGAUAUGAGGACCGGUCUGAAGCCCGAUGUUGUAUACAGUUUCUUUGAUCCUGAGAUUGGUGUGCUGAAGGAUAUGGUAGCAUUGAUUACUCCUGACCAUGUGGGGAUGUUUAGAGAGUCCUACGGUGGUAUUCUGAAGACGGUUUUCAGGCUCACUGACUGUGACAGGAGCGCCAUCCACACUCUUCUUCAGUUCUAUGACCCGGGGCUGAGGUGCUUUGUAUUUCCAGACUAUCUGUUGGGGCCUUUGAUGGAGGAUUAUGUUAGCAUCUUGGGUAUUCAGAUCCGGGAUCAGAUUCCUUUCCAUGUUACGAGGGUAGAUCCAGAUGUCCUUGGGAUUUCACGUGCUCUUUAUUUGAGUCCGGAAAUGGUCAAGGAGGGUUUGAAGGAGAAGGGAAAGCUACCUGGGUUUCAUUUGAGUUUCUUGGAGGCUAAUGCCAAGGAACAUGCUGCAAUGGGUAACUGGAAGACGGUUUGUGCUCUGAUUGCUGUGAGCAUUUAUGGGAUCGUUCUGUUUCCUAACCAGAAGAAUUUCGUGGACCAUAAUGCUAUCAGGUUGUUUAUGCAGAGAAACCCUAUUCCUACUCUGAUUGGAGAUGUGUACUACUCGGUUCAUAACAGGAACGAGAAGCGGCGAGGUGGUCUGAUCAGGUGCUGCUCUCAGUUGCUCUUUAGAUGGUUCAUGGGAUAUUUGCCUUCCCGAGGUGCCUUUGUUCAGAUUGAUCCCAGUGUCAAGUGGUCCUUCCGGUUGAUGGGUCUGCGGGCUGAAAACAUUGCUUGGACUCACAAUGGUUUAGCUGGUCGGGACUUCGUAUGCAGUUGUGGGAGUUUACCUAAUGUGCCUUUAGUGGGAGUUCAGGGUUGCAUUAAUUACAACCCGAUGCUUCUCCGGAGACAGAUGGGAUUCGCUAUGGAGGUUCCUCCUCUCGGGCGAGAGAUUCAGGAAUCCUUUUACUUUCCGAUUGAUGGCACCCAGGCCAAGCUGAGGCAAGUGUUAGAUGAAUGGCGAGAUAUCCAAAGGAAGGGUAAGGUUCCGUUUGGUAAAGUCAAUUGUCAGUAUUUUCCACUUUUUGAAGAUUGGUUGCGGAAGAGGAUUGAGUCUACAUUUCUACCGUUUCCUGGAGGUGACUAUUACUAA